AUGUCGCAAGAAGUCAAUAUGGCGGUAGCCUUCGAUCUGCCGGUGAACUUGGCGCUUCUGGGCACUGGGUGCCUCUCCCAGAACCCCGUCGCUGGCUUCCUCGUCACUCUCCUGGCGUUCUUUGUCCUGCUGGCCGUCGUAGCCGGUCCCUUUUCAUUGCUCUUCGACAUCAACAUUUUCCUCGGGCUGCUGCUCCACGCCUGGUCCCUAGGCAGCAAUAUGGAGCUCUCGAAGGCCCUUGACACGCUGACGGGGUCCAGGACAGUAGGACAGUUCCUGACCGAACCCCUGAACGACUUCCUGCAGCAGGUGCUGGGUGGCAGAGCCGCUCGCUCCUCUCUGACGGUAGACGAGGUGGUGGCCAGGGUAGGCAGAGUGCUGGCGCCUGCACUCUCUUUCUUAGAUUACGAUAAUGCCUUCGCCGCUGUCCAGGUGCCUGGAGAGGACUGUCUGCAGCUGCUCAUGUGUCAGGUCCACGGCCAGGUGACCGGUCUCCCGGCUCUCUUGCAGCGGGCCUACGCUUCCUUAACCAAGAAACGUGAGCAUUUUGGAGUACAGAAGGAACUUCUGGUUAACAAUGCUUUUCUGGACCAAUCAGGCAGAGUUAGAGUUAGUUAA